AUGCCUGGAGCCGCCUUUCCAUGCUUGAAUGAGCAUUGCGGAAAGCGGAAAGCAGAGAUAGCCUCCGUUAUCAGCCCCGCCAAAGGGAGCAAGAAACCGAACCUGAAUCCGCCGAAAGCGUACGCGGAUGCAGCGAAAGCCAAUGCUGACCCCACAAACCAAGGUUGCAAGGUGACUAGCAAAGGGAAGACAGCAGUCGGUUCUACUGUAUCGCAAGUCGGCACGGGUAGGGUGCGCGAUUUGAAGUGGACGUGA